CGCCAUAACUGUAUAUAUUGUCUCCACUGUACAAAUAAUUAAUAAAUGCAAACGCUUUUAGUCAGAGGGAUCGGUUUUGAGAUAAGAUGUCUGAGAGCCAGGAAUUUUGUCUGCGCUGGAAUGACUUCCACAGCAGCUUCCACAUGUCGCUGGAGGCGCUGCGUGGUGACGACUCAUUCACAGAUGUCACUCUCUCGUGCGGCGGGCACCUGUUCAAGGCACAUAGGGUCAUACUCUCAGCUUGUUCAGCACACUUCAAGGACAUACUCAAGGAGGUGCCGCCGCAGCAGCACCCGGUGAUCGUCCUGCCCACCGUGGAGCGGGACGUGAUGCGUGCCGUCCUCGAGUUCAUUUACCGUGGCCAGGUGAACGUGCGCCAGGCGCGACUGGGCGCCUUCCUGCAGGUGGCCGAGACGUUCGCCAUCCAGGGACUGGCCGACGAACAGACCAAACGCAACUCGGCGAAGACCCCGGAGAGGUCCCGAUCCUCGGACGCCCCGUCUCACCAGCCCUCCUCCAAGCGGCGGCGCGCCGAGCCGCAGCCAGACCCUGGGCCGAUGGGCGGUGCCGGUCCUCCGCCUCCUCCCCCGCCGCCGGCGCCGCAGCAGCAGCGCAGCGCCGACAGGACGAUGGGCCUGGACCUACCUGUGAAGCCGGAGCCGGAGUCGAUGCUGGACGAGCUGGAGGAGAUGCUGGAGCCGCAGCCGGACCAGGCCGGACUGGAGGCGCUCUCGGAGGCGCAUGGCCUGAUGGCGGUCACACAAGAGGACAGCGGAGGAUCACAAGCCAGCACGGACGGCCUGGCGGCGGCGAUGGUGGCGGCGGUGGUGGCGCCGGCCGCCGGCCGGCCCGGCCUUCCGCCGCGCUCCCUGGUCAGAGAGUACUUCACCGGCAGCGGCCAGGACCGGCUGUGUCGGCUCUGCGGCCACGUCCUGCGGCUGAACCGGCAGCUCUCCACGUCGGGCAUGUGGCGCCACAUGCGCGUGCGCCACCCGGAGCUGGUGCAGCAGGCGGAGCCGGCGCCGUGUCGCUCGGAGUCGGCGGGCAGCCUGUGGGGCGCGCCGCCGACAGAGGCCAGCACCGGCCCCGUGGCGCAGCGGGUCGGGGACAGCGCUGCCGUCCCCGACACCGACUGGUUCUUCAAGUCGUAGCGGCUCUCGGUUCGGACUGAACGUGAAGCGAAAUGUUUAUCAUGUUUUAUAUGCAAAGAAGCACUACGAUCAUUUGUACUAAUUAGUGGUAGCAGCUAAGCAUGGAAGCUCGAUGCUAGCUGGCUAUACGGCGGCAGAGAAUGGGUCUUUCUACCGAAUCAUGUAUUUGUGUAUUAUCGGCGUUUGUGGAGAUGAAGCGCAGUUGAUUCUCAGGGUAAUUAAGAUCCAGCUUAUCCGCGAGAUAUUUGGAAGGAUGAGUUGGCCAGGAUAUGACAACGUUGGCUGUCGAUGCUCGGCGUGGCAUUUGUUGGAAAAUUUACGUAUUUCUGGCCAGUGACCAGCUUGUUCAGAUUCGCAGUUAUUGUGUCCCUGGACAAGCCCCCUUCAACUGACUGAAAAGCGAGCUACCAAAGAAUGUGAUUUAUGCAGGACUCAAAUUCAAAUGGAAUACACAACCUAUGCUUAUGACGUAUGAGUUUCUGUUAGCGUAACCAUCAUCCAAGUAUUUUACACGUAGUCUUGUAUUACAAUUGUACUUUCGAUCACAUUAAUGUUUUUAUUGUUGAGCAAGUUUCGCAUAGCCUGUUCAAUGAUAUCGGUUCCAGAUAACCCUGACACGCUUAUUAAAGUUUGGUUCACGCAUGUUUACAAAACAGAUUGUAACUUAUGCCUUUUGCUUGUCACUUAUUGUCAGAUGUGGUUCACAGUAGGACCCUGUACCAUUUUGGAAGAGUUGCUGCUUGAAUCUGAUAAUUAUCAGACGGCCGUUUACCUGUUAUAUCCGUGCCUUGGAUGCGUACGGUGCGAUAUGUCCUGUAUACUCUGGCAUUGCGUGUGCUGUCAAUCGUCUCAAUGGAAAUCGUUGCCAUAUUCUAAGCCCCCCCCACACACACACACACACAACUCCUAAUGGCGAAACUACGAUCUAUCAUUUGAUGGCAACUGUACAGACGCAGGUAGUCGUUCUGUGUGGUAGUUGUUGAUCGUUUUACGUGCCUGAGGACGCAUGAACCGUUCAUAUUGAGCCUGGAAUACAUGCGUGAAGUGCU